AUCCUAAUAAUAAUAUAAUUACCUCCCCGUAUUAACACGUGCGCUCGCUCCCUGCUCCGUGAUUACCGUGCAAGACCUCGCCGUCUCUCUGUCUCUCUCUGCCCCCCGCUUCGCCGCCCGGGAAACCGCUCGCGUAUUUGGGGUUUCGCCGCCUCCCUCCGGUGGCGGAUCCACAGAUCGCCUCAGCGGAAGAAGCCCUGCAGAGCCGAUCCUCUUUCUGGUUCGAUCCCCUUUCCUUUGCUCCUCGAUUUCGCCUAGGAUUCCUUUUCUAGGGUUUCGGAGAGAUCUAUUUGUUCUUUCUCCUUCGCUGGAUAUAAUUUCUUGCUCGAAUCUAUCUAUCGUUUUUGCGGUCGGAUUUGGUGUUUGGGUUCUGGAUUUCCUCCUCUCGAAGAUUUUUGGGUUUCGAUCUGACGAGAGGAACGCUUUUAUCUGAAUUGGAUUGCUGAAAAUAUUUUUUUUAAUAUCGUCGGAUCUUCCUCCCAUCGCUGAAUUCUUCUUGAAAGUGUUGCCCUUGUUAGAUUUCUGCAGCGCGGAUCAAUUUCUCGUCCUCCUUUGGUUCUAGGGUUCCCGAGGUGCUUACCGUCUCCGCCAUCGCGCAGAGCUGGUGUAUCGAUUUGCUUUUAGGGUUGUGAACUUUGAUCCUGUCACUAUUGAUGUUAUUUUCUCGAAGAUCUGAGUCAAAGACCGUUUUUUGAGUGUUGGUUCUUGAACUUUCCCUUUCGUUUUAAGGAUUUCUUCUUCGUGUCUCCAAGAUCUUAGCUGUCCUAUUUUCUUUGAAUCGCUCUUGGGCUUUCAGUGCUGCGGACGUUCUUAUUUUUCGCUUAAGGUUUGGGUAGGGCUUUCAUUGGGCCGUCCGAUGGGUAGUUCUGAUGCCAUGGGCAGAAUGCCGCCACCGCCUCUAAGGCAGUAUGGCAUAACAAAACCUAUCUCCACUGCUGGGCCCACUGAGGCGGAUCUCCAGAGAACAAAGGAACUAGAAAAAUUCUUGGUUGAUGCUGGUCUCUAUGAGAGCAAGGAGGAAGCUGCAAAGAGAGAGGAGGUUUUACAAGAGAUAGACAAGAUUGUUAAAAGCUGGGUUAAGCAAUUAACUCAUCAGAGGGGGUACACUGAUCAAAUGGUCGAGGAUGCAAAUGCUGUCAUUUUUACGUUUGGAUCUUAUCGCUUAGGGGUUCAUGGACCUGGGGCUGACAUUGACACUCUGUGUGUUGGACCUUCCUAUGUUAACCAAGAGGAGGAUUUUUUCAUUAUUUUGCAUAACAUUUUGGCAGAAAUGGAUGAAGUGACUGAGCUACAACCUGUGCCAGAUGCUCAUGUUCCUGUUAUGAAAUUCAAAUUCCAUGGAAUAUCUAUAGAUCUUCUUUAUGCUAGUAUCUCCCUCUUAGUUGUUCCUGAAGAUUUGGACAUCUCUCAUGGAUCUGUGCUUUACAAUGUUGAUGAAGCAACUGUUCGAAGUCUUAACGGCUGCAGGGUGGCAGAUCAAAUUCUUCGACUUGUCCCUAAUGUUGAGAAUUUCCGCACAACGCUUACAUGCUUAAAAUUUUGGGCUAAGAAGCGUGGUGUAUACUCGAAUGUGACUGGAUUUCUUGGGGGUGUCAAUUGGGCUUUGUUAGUUGCUCGUGUCUGCCAGCUUUAUCCCAAUGCUGUGCCGAGUAUGCUUGUCUCCCGAUUCUUCAGAGUCUAUACACAAUGGCGCUGGCCAAAUCCUGUGAUGUUAUGUCCCAUUGAGGAGCAUGAACUUGGGUUCCCUGUGUGGGAUCCACGCAAGAACCCUCGUGAUCGAACUCAUCAUAUGCCUAUAAUUACACCUGCAUAUCCAUGCAUGAACUCUAGCUAUAAUGUAUCAACUAGCACCCUCCGAGUUAUGAUGGAACAAUUCCAGACGGGCAAUAAAAUCUGUGAGGAUAUCGAAUUAAACAAGGCCAUCUGGAGUGCUUUGUUCGAGCCUUACCUUUUCUUCGAAACGUACAAAAACUAUCUGCAGGUUGACAUUAUUGCUGCAGAUGUUGAGGAUCUCCGUUUAUGGAAGGGAAGGGUUGAAUCUCGAUUGAGGCAGUUGACCCUGAAGAUUGAGCGGGACACAUAUGGGAUGUUGCAGUGUCAUCCAUACCCCAAUGAGUAUGUAGACCCAUCCAGACAGUGUUCGCAUUGUGCCUUCUUUAUGGGCUUGCAAAGGAAACAAGGGGUGAAAAUACAAGAAGGCCAACAAUUUGACAUACGUGGAACAGUUGAUGAGUUCAGGCAUUCAGUUAAUAUGUAUAUGUUCUGGAAGCCUGGAAUGGAAAUAUAUGUAUCUCAUGUUCGGAGGAAGCAGAUUCCUUCUUAUGUCUUUCCAGAAGGUUACAAACGGCCUCGUCCAUCUAGGCUUAUAAGCCAGCACCAGGUUGAGAGACUUGGUGGUGAAAAUGGAUCUGAGGAAUGUGAAGGUGGAUCUGCAGAGGGACGACUGAAGAGGAAAAAAGAUGCUGAUGUAAAUGAUUUUAAGUCGAAUGAACCUGAGAAACGGGCAUCCCCAAAUAGGCAGAAGUCUCCUGUAGCUGAAUCUGUAAUUGGUGGAUCUGUGGAAGCACCUAAUGUCAGUAGGGUUGUGGAAACUGAAGUGGUUAGACAGAAUACUGAUGGUGCAUAUAACCGUUGGCCUGAGAGGAAAAAUGAUAACCUAAUAGAACUGGAUAAGCAGGUAAACAUGGACUUUGUUUGCCCAAGCAGGCAGGUGCGGACAUUCUCACCUGAUGUAAAUGUUAAUGGUAUUGCCAGACCUGUUUCUCAGGACAAUCAGCCAGAGAUGACAGUGGACGCUGAGGUUAAUUGUUUGAAGAAGAAGGGUUUGGCUGGUGUCAACAGGUCUGCAGAGGCAGGUGGUGCAGAAAUAGUGCACUGUGGGAAUGACAGCAGUGAUGUUUGUAGGAAGCUGACCAAUGGAACUUCACAUGUGGAGAUUGUUAGGGCUUCAGCAAUUGUUUGCAGCAGUUCAGAGAGCAUGUGUGCAGAGGUGGGACAAGAGCAACUUGUGGCCAACAAUGAUGGGAAUGACAGCCUGGAAUCAUUGCAGAAAGGAAUUGUGCCUUUGGAGAAAGAGUGCUUGAAUGGAAAGGGAAUGAUGCAAAAUGGCAUGGCAGAUGAGCUCGAGGCAAAUAUCACACUUGGAGUGGUUCUCAAAGCUCGUGGGGGGGUGAACUCUGAUGCUGCCCAGAAAUCUGCAAUAAGGCAUGCGUUUCUAAUCCCUAAAGUUUUAUGUUUGUAGUGUUUGAUUGCUCUGUUUUCUUUAUAUUGUCCUGUUUGGUGGUCUUUGUUUUUAUGCUCGUGGUAGGUUGAGCGUGACGUCCACAGCAUGAGGUUUAAUGGAACCUGCAAUGGAUUGGAAACUUGCCAUUGGAGGAAAGACAGAAUCACCUGCUCUUGGGAGGGUAAGUUUUGCUCGACUUGAGUUUGGGUUUUGUGCAUGGAUUGGUUUAUGCAAAUAUGACAGCUGAUGGAUACAUGUAAUUCGUGGUGUGAGCUUCAACGACUGGGGAUCUUUGGGCAAGUUGUGUACAGUAGUUGUUUUAUGGGAGAUAUGGAAGAUGAUACAAGCGCUAGAACUUUUAUGAGGAUCAUUUAUGAGGUGGUUGAGGAACCUGUAAACUGUUAUUUUUCUUUGGGUUCUGGUGUCUGUCAUGUCUAACCGGGUGGGAUCAAUACCAGGGAGUUGGUUUUGAAGGAAUUCUGAACUCUAGGUUAGAUUAGUGUAGGUUUAUUUUCUCUAAUUAAUUCAUUUGCUUUCGUUUUUUUAAAUUUUUUUUAUGUCACCUUGUAUACUUUCCUGUUAUAAUAUAACUUUUAACUCUGGAAUUCCUUCUCUGGAUGUUA